CCCACCGCCGGCCCUGUUCCGUGUAUGUGUGUGCGCGUACGUUAGUGGCGGCAACAGGCGAGCAGUAAUCGCGUGGCGAGCUUCACGACGACCACGACCAUCACCACCACCACCAGCAUAAGUGCGCUGUAUAAAACUAAUUUGGAGGCAGGGAGUGGGGUGAGAGUGAGCUGAAGGGCUACCCUUAUAGAUGCCGGCAGCAAGUGUGUUCUGCACCAUGAUCGAACGAUCGAUUGUCGCGGCUGAUAGUGGUGGCUGCUGCCUCGGCUACUGCGGGGAAGGACCGAAGGGAGCAGGGGGUUGUAAUUAAUAUUUCGUACGUCGAUAAAGCGAAGUUCAACAACAAAAAGUGCACACUGUCAGCCAAGCACGGCAGCCAGAUAAGGGCGGGUGGCGAAUUUUGCUGGAGCUUGCAACUUUUUGGCAGCGCGCUGUGCGCCUCCGUGUGCGUGUUUCGUAUGGCCACAUAUUGCGGGUGCGUAAGCAGGAUGGGUUGUUCUUGUGAGGGACGUAUAUUCCGAGUUAAUUUUGCGGCGCACCCGAACGCCGCCGAACGAGCGCGCGCGCCGAAGCCGAAACCGCACGUCCCGCCCGUGGUGCGUCCACGUUGCGUAGUGGCGGUGAGUGCGCGCGCGCGCGUGUGCGUGAGCACGGCGAGGCGCGAUUGGUGUUUUCGGCAAAUCUUUUAGCAACAGCAGAGGCAGCAGCAGCAGCAAGAAGAAACGGCAAGCGAUACCCUCCAAAAACCUACGAUCUGCUGCCGCGCCAGCAAAUACAACACACACAAACAUGCGGUGGGGCAAUUUUGGAGGUUUGGGAUCGCCUGAUAACGCACCCCGCGCGUCCCUGGAAAUGACCGCCCUAGCACAUGGUAGGAUUUGAUAUAAGUCACAUGUGAGAGUCAAUAUAAUGAAAACGCAAAUAGCUAAAACUAUGUUUCCUGUAUGCAGCUACGCAAACGGCUUUCGCAAAUGCGACAAUCACUCUGCCGCCUAGAAACAGUGUUACAUCCAGUCCGUGUGAACUCAAUCCAACGCAAGUCAAAUACAGGCGGUCCCCGAAAAACACGGUUAAUUGGGACUAAAAAUGGACGCAAAAUACCGCGUAUCUCGAAUUUCCGCGUUUGUCAAAUCUCGCAACUUGCAGCCAAAAUAUCACUAACGUUCGUGUAAUUUGGUUUUUGUCUUGGUGGUUUUUGCCAUCAAAUUAAUUAUGAUUCUAAUUAAUAUGAUUCUGGCUGAAUCUAACAGUUUUAAACCUUUUAAAAUAGUUUUUUAGCACUCGAUCAAUACGGAAACUAGUUGGCAUUUGACAAUUGAUGUGUCAAACCAGUACAAUUUACUCAGAGAACUGUAAAAUUUAGAAGAUAGCGUAUCUCCGAAUCCGCGUAGAAGAGGUACCGAGUAUCUCGGGGACCGCCUGUAUAGUUUAAAGUAAUCCAAGGCCCAGUAGCUAUAAAGCUUUCGCCAUAAAAGCUUCUUCGUGCACGCUCUCACGCCACUGUCAGUCGGAUGUAAAUAAACAACCGCCAGCCGGUUACAUCAAAGCGGCAUUUUCUCUCCAUUAAUUUUCCUGCGAGAUCGAUAAAAAAAACCCCUUCAUGUUGGCUAGCACACGAACAUUUCAGCUCAAGGCAAGACUCAAAACAUUGCUCCGACAGCCUGCACGAUGGUACACAGAGCGAAACAUUUUAAAGCUGAGAGACCGCGGUUUCAUACAGGACGUUUUCCCAGCAGAAACGAUUGAUAAAGCCAGCUCGAUGUUAGGCUCCACCUGCCAGACAGUGUAUGCCGGGUUCGAUCCAACCGCCAACAGUCUGCACGUGGGCAAUCUGCUGGUGCUGAUCGGGCUGUUGCACACGCAGCGUGCUGGCCACCAACCGAUUGCACUGGUUGGCGGUGCCACCGGGCUGAUCGGAGACCCUUCCGGCCGCAAAACCGAGCGACAACAGCUCAGAACGGAAGCGGUAGAGCACAACGUGGCGUGCAUCAGGCGGCAAAUAGAGGCAAUUUUCGCAAACCACGAGCGCUUCUUCUGGGACCGACCUAGUCCGCUGAAACCGGUGCUGGUGGUGAACAAUGCGGACUGGUACAGACAGUACAGCUUCGUCGAUUUCAUGGCGAACGUCGGCCGCCACUUUCGGAUGGGAGCGAUGCUUUCGCGCUCCUCCGUCCAGACCCGUCUGACGAGCGAGUCCGGCAUGAGCUUUACAGAGUUUUCCUACCAGCUGUUCCAGGCGUACGAUUGGUUGCAUCUGUUGCGCCAGCACAACUGCCGAUUUCAGCUCGGCGGCUCGGACCAGAUGGGCAACAUCAUGUCCGGCCAGGAGCUGAUCAGCCGCACAGACGGGAAGGAAGUGUUCGGGUUGACACUGCCCCUCAUCACCAACGAAGAGGGUGACAAGUUCGGCAAGUCGGCAGGCAAUGCGGUGUGGCUGUCGGACGACCGCACCUCGCCGUAUGCGAUGUACCAGUUCUUCGUCCGUACGCCCGACUCGGAGGUGGAGAAGCUGUUGCGACUGCUCACCUUUCUGCCGGUGCAGACGAUCGAGCAGACGAUGGCGAGGCACCGGCGGACGCCGGAGCUGUGGGAGGCUCAGAAGCUGCUGGCCGGCGAGCUGACGAAGCUGGUGCACGGGGAAGCGGGCCUAUACAAGGCGAUGGCCAUCAGUCGGGCACUGUACAACGGCGACCUUUCCACGCUCGAGCAGCUGGAGGUGCGGGACGUGGCGCAAAGCUUUGGCGGGGCGCCACUCUGCGAGAUACUGCCCGAGCCGGGCAUGACGGUGCUGGAUGUGGCGUUGCGGGCUCGCUGCUUUCCCAGCCGUGCUGAUGCGGAACGGAUUAUCGGUGCCGGCGGGUUCAGCAUCAACCUGAAGAAGGCCAAAAAUCCGGCCGAGGUGCUGUCACCCUCAGUGCACAUCCUGUCCAACCGAAUAUCGCUGCUGCGGGUUGGGAAGCGAAACUAUUACAUCGUCAAGUGGUUGCUGUAGAUCAGCGAAAGCAAUAAAGGAAGAAAUUAUAGCGCCAUAUGGAAACGGUCUCAGGUCGGAUGUUCUAUAGAUCUUAAUUUAGAAGCAUAUUUCUAUUUCUAUUCUAUUUCUAAAACUUGAGCCGGAAAAAUAUGGUAUAAAGCACAUUUAAUAAUUUUAUUUAUUUCAUUUCAACAAGCAUAAUUUCAGUAAGAAGAUGAUAGCAAGCUAUAACGUUAUGUUCUGCUUUACAUAAUUACGUGAAAUAGAAAGAUAUAUCUCCAAUGCAAAUACUUCUAAUUAAUUCAAACUUUUUGUAUUACUUUUGGGAAUCGAUUGCGGUGUUGGUCUUGUAGCGGCUUGCGGCAGCCCUGAAUGAACGGGACAAUCAACGAGCACACUACUAAGGCAGCGGUAAUCGCUGAUACGGGCUUGCGU